GCGCAGUCUUCAUGUAUUUGGAGGCACCUCUUGAACACCAAAAGCGGCAGGAGAUCGACGAUCUGCUCAACGAUUUCCGAGAUAAAUUAAAGCUUAUAAAUCACCCGAAUAUAAGCCAAGAACACAUCACAUCAAUGAUACAAAAGCUUUUGGCCGCUCAGGACAUGAAUCUCGUCGACCGAUUUGGCAACAAAACAGAGUUUAUAAAUUGGAGUUUCUUUAACUCAUUCUUCUUUGCCAUAACUGUGACCACAACUAUAGGUUACGGACAUCUCACUCCUUAUACCGCUUCCGGCAAACUCUUUUGUAUAAUAUAUGCAUUAUUUGGUAUUCCAAUGACUGGUCUCCUAAUAGGAGCAAAGUCUAGAUAUAGAAGACAACUAUCGAUACGAUUAAUGUUAUUAAAGAAAGGCCUUAUAUUUUUCGUGCCGUGGUUUCUAGUAUUCCUAGUAUUGCCUGCAAUUGUGUUUGCAUUCAUAGAAAACUGGACUUUUCUCGAAGGCUUCUACUAUUGUUUUGUAACGCUUUCGACGAUAGGUUUUGGCGAUUAUGUCGCCGGAAGUUUCGAAAAGCACUACAUUUGGGUCUAUAAGUUAAUUGUUGUCCUUUGGAUUAUAUUUGGUUUGGCCUAUCUUUCAAUGAUCCUUAACUUCAUAAGUCAAGGGCUAAGGAGUCGACACUUGACUAACGUUGUGCUGUCCAUCAGAAGGAUGUCCGGCCCUCCGCUCUCUCACAGAUUCAGUCAUUUGAAUAAAAUGCGUCGAAAUCGAUAUAAUCGCCUCGUUAGCCAAGGGUAUCGAAACCAG